AUGUGUCAUGUCAUUGUAACGUGUCGGUCGAUGCUGUGGACUCUCCUGAGCAUCGUGGUGGCUUUCGCAGAGCUCAUCGCUUUCAUGAGCGCAGACUGGCUGAUUGGCAAAGCAAAGCCUUCAAGCUCCGAGGAUGGGGACAACAGAACGGGGGGCCCACAGGAGCCUUACCAUCCGACACUGGGCAUCUACGGGCGCUGCACCAGGAUCUCCCACGUGCAGCUUUCUAGACGCGACACGCUUUGUGGUCCUUACGCCGAAAACUUCAGUGAGAUUGCUAGUGGGUUCUGGCAGGCAACGGCUAUUUUCCUAGCCAUGGGAAUCAUGAUUCUCUGUGCUGUGGCGUUUGUGUCUGUCUUCACUAUGUGUGUGCAGAGUAUUAUGAAGAAAAGCAUUUUUAAUGUCUGUGGGCUGCUUCAAGGGAUUGCAGGCCUCUUCCUUAUUUUAGGCUUGAUACUUUACCCUGCGGGUUGGGGAUGUCAGAAAGCAAUAAGCUAUUGUGGACCUUACGCUUCUGCUUACAAACUAGGAGACUGCUCCUUGGGCUGGGCUUUCUACACAGCCAUUGGUGGCACUAUUCUGACGUUCAUCUGUGCAGUCUUCUCGGCACAAGCUGAAAUAGCCACAUCCAGUGACAAAGUGCAAGAAGAAAUAGAAGAAGGAAAAAACCUUAUCUGCCUCCUUUAACUCCAGUGGGGAGAAGUGCCAGCGCCUGGAUCUUACCUGCUCUCCAUUAACUGGACAAGCAGAUCCACGUACCGGUUUGUACCAUUUGUGUGAUUGAGCCCCAUGCAUUCCAGCCCUGAACUACUGAAAUGGUCUUUCUUCCUUGCUGGGCAAUGAGGAUCAGAGAAAGGAUCCAAAGAAAGCAGAAUGUAAAUAUUUGGGGAUUUUUUUUUAGCUUCAUUCUAGGAUCAGGACACAGUGGAAUAUAUUAAUCAGGCUGGGGAUGUGAGGAAUCGUGUGUAU